AAAAAAACCGAAGAAGAAGAAAACAAACCGGAACACUGUCUUCUUUGUGCCACACCGGGUUGUUUUAAAACUACCUGUUCUCUCUGUAUUUUCUCACCUAAUAAUCAAAACGUCGCAAUACGCAUACGGAAUGAGAGGAGACCGCGGCAGGGGCCGAGGAGGCCGCUUCGGGGCCCGCGGAGGAAUAGGUCAGGGGUACCGUCCAUUCGUUCCACACAUCCCCUUUGAUUUAUAUGUGUGUGAGAUGGCCUUCCCCAGAGUGAAACCCGCUCCUGAUGAGUCCACUUUCAGCGAAUGUCUCCUGAAGAGGAACCAGGACCUGAGCCCCACACCUGCUGAACAGUCCUCCAUCUUGUCUUUAGUUACGAAGAUCAAUAACGUCAUCGACAACCUGAUCGUUGCACCUGGAAGCUUUGAAGUG